CGGUGUCGCGGCACCACCGAAGAAGAAAAGCAAUUGUCCCGGAAAAAAAUCAUCACUCAGACAGAUAGCUGCUGCAGUUUUACAACCUAGACUAAGUUGCCAGUGGACUGAAGACGUCGGAAGGGUUACCAUGGAAACGUAACGUAAAAUACAUUCCUGGAUGAGGUGACUGUGAGCUGUCAAUAAACCGCGUUUAAGGAGAGGAAGGAGCCCUUCCUUCCGUGCCUCAGCCUCAGGUGAUGGAGUUCCCUCUGCACUCCCAGCAGCUGCUGUCAGCUCUUCGCUCCCAGCGCCAGCGGGGCUUCCUCUGUGACUGCACCGUCAUGCUGGGCCCGUCCCGUUUCCUGGCUCACAAGGCUGUCUUGGCUUCCUGCUCGCCCUUCUUCCACAUGUUCUUCUCGGACUCUCCAGGGUUGCUCGGUGGAAACACCACUAGCAGCUCUGUCACACUCGACAGCGAUAUUGUCACGUCUGCUGCUUUUGGCCUGCUCUUGGACUUUGUCUAUGAAGGCGUGCUGCAGCUGGAGGAGUCUCCGCCGGUGGAGGACGUGUUGGCGGCUGCGAGCUUUCUGCACAUGAACGAGGUGGUGAGAGUCUGCAAAAGACGGCUGCAGAGACGAGGGCCUCUCGCUGAGGCAGACAGCACCCGCUCUGAAGAGAGCACCGGUGCGAGGAGGGCACCACAGUCGGGGGGGGGGGGUGUGGGGGAAAUUGCAGCCGGGCCGGCGGCGGCCAUGGUAGGUGAUUCCAUGAAUUCAGUCGCAGUGGCGGCCCCAUUCCCAUCAUUAUUCACAAUGACGGGGAAAAUUCAGUUGGAGUCUGCGAAGCCCGAACGGAGGACUGGUGGGAGGUCAUCAGACGCACAAGUUCAGACUCCCCUGAGCCCCGACCUUGCUGAUACCACGCAGCCAGGCAUGGGAGCCCAUCCUCUGCCCACAGGCGGGGAGCUGACGCACGGCGUCAUCACAGGCCGGUCUGGCCCCGCCGCAGAAGGUCAUGCCAGGUUGGGGACUGGAGGUCAUGGAGAGGUGUCGGCCUUCUGCAGCCCUUGCAGCACUACUGAGACCUACAGCAGCCACUGUAGUAACCAGCAGCCCUCCUCGUCUUCCCCCUCCAUGGUGCCGGUGAGUCAGGCUGGUGGCCGGUCAGUGGUUGCUUAUUCCCAGUCCACCCUCUCCUCGAGCCCACAGCAGGACGUACUCCGACUACCACGUGAUGACUCUGUGAGGAAUCCCUCAGAGGUUGGCCCGGGAGGUACAUCAGGUACCUCACAAAACCCAACACACUCACCGCCGCAGCGGCCACUGCACCAGAUCCGAAUCAACAACGCUGUGUCUCUUCAAUGCCAAAGCUUGGACUUUCCUUGUGCUCCUCAGACACAAACCCUAAAGGGACCUGAGGGGAAUAUGGGAGCUCUGCCCUCCACUAGAAAUAAAAAAACUGAGCCUCCUAUAGACAGAGUGGGGACAGACUACAAUGAUGGAGAUCCUUUGAAAGUCAAAGUGGAGGCCAUUGUCAUAUCUGACGAAGAGCUAGAGGAGAAGAAAGAGGAAGGACAAUCUGUGAUGGAAGUAGACGAUGAGUUUGAAGAAGAGGAGGAGUUGCACAACCUUCGCUUUCUUUCUUCCAACACACAAGGCACCUUGCGAAUGACCUCCCAUUCAAAUGACUACUCCUUUCCCCUCUCUCCUUCCUCCUCGUCCUCCGGUGCCGGCCCUUCUUCACAGGACACUUCGUCCUUUGCCCUCAUUCCUCCAUCCAUAGCUCAGCCGCAGUCAGACCCUCCUUCCUACUUCCAGGACUACCAGGACUCAAUGGGGAACUUUGUAGAGGACCUCCCCACAUGUGGAGUGUGUGGAAAGACGUUCUCAUGCUCAUACACACUACGGCGCCACGCCAUCGUGCACACGCGCGAACGGCCCUACGAGUGUCGCUACUGCUACCGGAGCUACACGCAAUCAGGCGACCUGUACAGACACAUACGGAAGAACCAUGACCACACACUGCCCGCCAAACGCAGCAAGGUCGACGUGGAGCCCUCCCUGCCACCACAACCCCCCCCCUCUUAGCUAACACACACCACUUGAACUUAAUAGCUUAGUAGCGCUGAGUGACCGGGUCCAGCAGGUGUCGACAGCCAAUCACACUUCAGAGUAGGCCUGCCCAAAUUAAGUGGGUAAUAAAUAUCGCCUGACGGUCAGAAAAAUAUAAACCGACUACAGCAAGCAGAGAUGAAAAGGUAUUCAUCUUCUUCUACAGAAAGUUUCACCUCAGCCGCAGCCAUCUCAGUUGUGUUCAACAGUGCCUUAACGGCGCACAACUUAACAAUCCUCGUCUCACACAUGACCCAUAUUAGAUCAACACAAGAGCUUGGAGAUUUUGAUCUCUCACGUACACACACACACACACAAAGUGAACACAGGCGACGUGGCAGUCCUCAUUCAUCUUACUUACAUGCUCAAUGUUCAUGUGUGGCUUCCACAUUAUUGUGCUACCUUCCAAAGUUUUGCAGAGAUUUUACAAUUUAGGUUUGUCAUUUUAAGACUUUUAUCAUUAACUAUGAUAAUAUAUCAUUAAUGUCAUUGUUAGACAAUUUUAGAAGAUUACAAUUUCAAAAGGUUCAAACAAGAGAUUUGACAUCCUACACUUUUGUGUAGGAUGUCAGGGAUUUGUAUUAGUUACAAGAAUUGUAAUUUGUAAGACUGCCUUUUCAGUGUGUGACACUGCCAGUAAACUUUGAUUCAUUUGAUGACACUCAUGGGCACAGGAAACCCCCCCCCC